CUUUCGAUCGGCUUUCUCGUUGCUGUUGCUUUUGCGGUCUCUAUGCUAAACUAUCGGCAAAUGCGAUGCCCGUGAAUUUGUAUUUGGCUAGUUCUGAAGAGAUUCUUGCUUACAAUUUUUUGCAUAUUGACGGUGUCCUGUUCGGCUUCCGUUGCUGAAGGUUUCUUCGACCAUGAAGGAGCGCUUGGAGAAGUGACGCUAUCCCCUCGGUUUCCCUCCCUUGUGCUAUUUGAAUCCCGCGUGUUUUCUCCGAAGCGGAAAAACUAUGUUGUGCGCUUGCUCUGGGGAGCAGUUCAAAUUCGAGGAUCCGCCCCAGUCGCCGCAGUCCUUGGCUACGAGGGAUUUCUCCGCAAGCGGUCUUUCGUCGAGGACUGGCGACUGGGAUUCGAAAUUCGAGGAUACCCAAGUUGAUGAAGUUGAAUCUACUCUCAAAGAGGCUCUCUCAUUGAAUUAUGAGGAAGCGAGGGCUUUGUUGGGGAGACUAGAAUAUCAAAGAGGGAAUUAUGAUGCUGCCCUUCAGGUCUUUCAGGGCAUUGAUAUCAAAGGCUUAAUCCCACGGAUGAAAAAGGCUAUUACAGAGAGGGCGCGCCCGAGAAAACCCCGUUCGAGAGGUGAUAAUGUUCCUGUAAAUGUUUUGUCCAUGCAUUCCGUCAGCCUGCUUCUUGAGGCAAUCUUGCUCAAAGCUAGAUCUCUGGAAGGUCUUGGGCGUUACAUAGAGGCUGCAAAGGAGUGCAAGAUAAUUUUGGAUACAGUUGAGUCAGCACUGCCUAAUGGGAUGCCUGAGGGGAUUGCUGAUGAUUGCAAAUUGCAGGAGAUGUUUCACAAAGCUCUAGAGCUGCAGCCUGAUCUUUGGAUAAAAGCAGGCUUACUUGAUGAAACCAUUGCUGCUUACCGCAGAGCUCUAAUGAGACCGUGGAACCUGGAUCCUCAUAAAUUGGCCAAUGUGCAGAAGGAAUUAGCUUCCAUAUUACUUUAUGGUGGGAUUGAAGCUAGCCUUCCCCAUCAAUUACCGUCAUGGGCCCCAACUGCCCCAAAAAGUAACAUAGAAGAAGCCAUCCUUUUGCUGCUGAUACUCAUGAGAAAGGUGACAUUUGGCGAGAUAGGUUGGGAUGGUGACAUCAUUGAUCAUCUAUCCUAUGCUCUCUCAGUCACCGGACAGUAUGAAUUAUUAGCAACUCAUUUUGAGCAGGUCCUUCCUGGGGUAUACAGUCGAGCAGACAGAUGGUACUUUCUGGCACUAUGCUAUGCUGCUGCUGGACAUAAUGAUACAGCAUUGAACCUUUUAAAGAAGAUUUCUGGUUCUUCAGAAGCGAAGCACAAGCCCCACAUUCCUUCCCUUUUGUUGGGCGCAAAGCUUUGCUCCCAAGGCUUGAAGCAUGCAAAUGACGGCGUAAAGUUUGCGCGUGAAGUCAUUGAGCUUGGCACUACUUGCACAAAGCAUUUCUCGAGUCAAGCCCAUAAAUUUCUUGGAAUCUGCUAUGGUAAUGCUGCGCGAGUAUCUGUUUCUGAUUCAGAAAGAAUUCUACUGCGGAGAGAGUCUUUGAAUUAUCUAAAUCAUGCUGCUCUUUCUGGAAAGGACGAUCCAGAAAUAUUGUACAACCUUGCACUGGAAAAUGCUGUCCAAAGAAAUCUGGAGGCAGCUUUUGAGAGUGCAUUGAUGUACUCAGAAACAGAAGCGGGAAACUCUGGAAGAUGUUGCAAGCUAUUAACACUCAUACUUUCUUCGGAGCAGCGAUAUGCUGAUGCUGAAAGUGUAGUUGAUUUUGCUUUGGAUGAAGCUGGAAGAUUGGACCAACUAGAACUUCUUCGGUUGAAAGCUGUGCUUCAGAUAACUCGGGAACAGCCCCAGCAGGCAAUAGAAACCUACAGAAUCUUGCUAGCUCUGAUUCAAGCUCAAAGGGAAAUUGAAGCAAAGACUUCAGAUCAAGUGAAACAAGUUACCUAUGAGGCACAAGAAGAAAGAAAUCUGGAAAUUUCAGUUUGGCAGGAUUUGGCCCUUCUUUAUGCUAAACUUGGUUCAUGGGCCGAUGCAGAAACUUGUUUGGAAAAAGCCAAGUCAAUCCAUUUCUAUUCUCCUAGAAGCUGGCACACGACAGGUUUGGUAUUUGAAGCUCGAUCAUUGUACAAGGAAGCUCUCGUCUCCUUUUCGCUGUCCUUGUCGUUGGAACCAGAUUACGUCCCUAGCAUUGUUUCAACUGCAGAGGUGCUGAUGAAACUCGGAUCCCAUUCCCUCCCCAUUGCAAGAAGUUUCUUGAUGAACGCAUUACGCAUAGAGCCCGUGCAUCAUGAAGCAUGGUUCAAUCUUGGGAAGCUCUCCAAAAUGGAAGGCUCCCUACAUCAAGCAGCGGAAUUUUUCCAAGCUGCAUAUGAGCUGAAGCUGUCAGCUCCCGUUGAAAACUUUGUAUAGAGAUCUUUCCAUUGUUGAGGGCCAUCACCAAAAGCAGUACGCGAGAGCAUACUACAUGACAGCGGAACUGUUGGCCAUUCGAUUUACUGCUCUUUACUGGCCUGCCAGAUGAAAUGGCAUCGCAAUCCCAUCUAUGCUGGAGUUCAUACUUCAUUGUGCUAAAUUGAUGCUUCUCUUGAAAGAAUUAUCUGUUGCCUGCAACUAAUGCGUACUUACAUUGUAAAAUAAUACUCAUUGCAGGUGAUGGUGGAAUUGCUGGCGAUGAGUUGAUCUAGAAAACCUGUUGACUUUAUUGUAA